AUGGAGGCAAGAGCACCACCAAGUAAAGUAUUAUUCAUCAGAGAUAUUCCACCAAGUAUCUCGAAUGAACAGUUUGAGAAUCUAUUUCAAACACUUCCUGGUUUCGUUUCAAUUAGAAGAAAACCAUUCUUUGCAUUUGUAGAGUUUAAAGAUAGUGGAUAUGCUACAAGUGCCAUGAGAAGACACAAUGGAUAUAGACACCAUCCAGCAGACAAACCAUUAGUAAUAGACUUUGAUAAAGAUCCAAGAUCAAGAGAUGAUUUCAGUAGUUCAACAACCAGUUCAUCAUCAACAUCAUCCAACUAUCCAUCAGCAUCAUCAUCAACAUCAUCAUCAUACUAUAGAGAUCUAGAUAGAGACAGAGACAGAGAUUUAGAUAGUGUUAGAAGAGGCGAGAGUAGAGGAAGUGCAAGUGAGAGCAGCAGUCAUCGUGAUGCCUACAGCAAAGAGUCGUCACGUGGUAUUAGCGACAUGGAGAGAGACGACAAGGAUCUCGAAGAGUCGAGAUUCCACGAUCGUGACGACGACCUCGACGACACCGACCGUUCCGACAAGCAUCGACCAAAGCGUGAGGCUGAAAUCCUCCAAACUCACUCCUCACUCGACAUUGACAAGAAGCGACCAAGAGAUUUCGAUAGAUUCGAAAAAGAUCGUGGUAGAUAUAGAGAUUUAGAUGAAUAUCCAAUGAAGAGAGGUGGUGGUGGUGGUGGUGAAUUCCAUUCCAUGCAUCAUACUCCACCCUAUGGUGAGACGACUGGUAUGCCAUACUUCCUCCCGACCAGACCAUCCUAUGACCUUAAAGAUGCAUGUUCAACAUUGUUUGUAUCGAAUCUACCAAAAGAUGUUACUGAAAGAGAACUAUCAAUUCUUUUUAGAUUUAUGAGAGGAUUUAUCAAUGUUAGAUUGGUACAGAGAGAAGGUAAAUAUCCAAUUUGCUUCUGUGACUUUAGAGAUACCUUAUCUGCUGCCGGUGCAAUGGAGAUGUUGAAUGGUUUCAAAAUGGAUACCAAAGAUAUUUCAUCUAGUAUCUCAAUUGAAUUCGAUAAAUCAAGAACUCACAGACCAUAA